GCUUCCAAAACAAAAGGUUCGAGUAUCAGUUCGUCAACAGCCGAAACAUGAAGUUGUUCAUCGUUCUCUGCCUCGUAGCCGCAGCAGUCGCCGAAGCCCCCAACGACCAGAGGAGCUUCUACUUCGUCGUCUCUCCCAAGCCGACCGAGAUGAGCGAUUUGGCCAAAGUGACCGAGGAAGUGAUGGCGCGGCUUAAGGCCCAGCAGGGAUCGGAUUCCGGUGAAUAUCACGUCUACCUUCCUGAUGGAAGGCUCCAGAAAGUUCGGUACACGACGGCUCCCCUCAAACAGGCAGACGAACAACAAGCGAAACCAUUCGCCCCUGCACCACUCCCAGCCAAACUUCAAGCUUUCCAACCGACUUACUUCGUGAAACAAGUCGCACCUAUGACCGAAGCGUAUAAAAUGGAAGAGAAGCCGACCAACUUUGUCGCCAGUGUGAAGUACACCGACGUCAAACCCCUUUCAGGACCCGUGUACGCUUACAACCCCGAACCACUCGUUCGCCUCGUCCGCUACGCUCCCGUCUACCAAUAAAUGUAAUUAAUUAUUUAUUCCAACAAGAGUGAAAUAAAAGACAUCAAAUGAAA